AUGGCUUGCGUUUCAAUGUCUUUCCAACGGACUCUGACACAACAACAGAACUCAAUCAGACAUCCUCUCAGAGUCCAAAUUGUUCAGCUCCCAGAGCAAAUGAGGCCCAACCCAAGACUUUUACCAAAUCCACUAAGACGCAAGUACAUCAGGCUAAAACAAGUCCAAAUAAAAGUCUUAGUACAAAGGCAGUCUCACCCCAAGUCAAACAAUGAGACCACUACGUUGGAACAAAGGAACAUGAGCUAUUCACACAAACAAGCUCAACCAAGCCCAACCCAAGUUGAUAGGCCAGAACCUUCCUUUAGUAAACAAAUUCCCUGUGAUAAAGCUAAAAGUCAACCAAACAAAUACCAGAAGAGACCUCCCGACAAUUAUGCAAACUUAUUUACUGCUUUGGGGGAUUUAACUGGGAUAGACAACUAUUCUUCACCGGCGGGCAGAGGGAAGAAGUGUUGCCGACCCACCCCAAGCCCAAAGGAGGAACCCCCUUCAAGUAUGAUUAUAGAUGAGAUGAAUACGCCAGAGGUGAGCUCCCAGGAAGCGCCGCCGGUCAUCCCAGCUCGAUCUGAGGACAUCAUCAUGCCGGAGGUGCAGGACAGGGAGACUAACUUAGAUAAUACCAUGCCGGAAUCAGAGGAUUCAGCCCUCCUCCGGGAGGGCCAGGUACCUUACUAA